AUGUACCUUCGUAAGAGUCAAAUACUGGGUUAUGUGCUCGCCUUAACACCCCAAGCAAGCCACGCUUAUCCAGGUACUAAACCAAAAUGUUCUCUCGACAACGUGGCUCACCAGCUAUCUUCGAUUAACAGCUCAUUGUCUAAUAAUGCGACAAUACUAUCGGUUACUCGUGUUCAACUAAAUGGUAGUUAUGGUGAUCCUAAUUCACCUCAAGGUCUCCCACCUUUGGUCUCGACAGGCCUCCCGGACCUCUGCGCCGUCGAGGUAAACGUAACAUCAUCCGAAUCAUCAUCCUACACAAUCUCUAUCUUCCUACCUUCUAAGUGGAAUUCAAGAUUCCUCGCGACUGGAGGGGGUGGUACCGGAGGAUACGUGAAUUACCUUGAUAUGGGUGUUGGAUCGCAAUAUGGAUUUGCUACGAUGUCUACGGAUAAUGGCCAUAGGGGCUCCCCUUACGAUGUUGAAUGGGCUUACAAGAGCCCGCAAAAAUUGAUUGAUUGGGGCUGGCGGGCUAUGCAUGGGUCCGUCGAGCUUUCGAAACAAUUGAUUAAAGGUUAUUACGGCGAGAAUAUACAGUACUCCUAUUACACUGGCUGUUCCACUGGUGGACGACAGGGUCUCAAAGAAGCCCAGGUCGGUGCCGAUAGCUUUGAUGGCAUGCUCAUCGGUGCGCCAGCUUGGUGGAUAAGCCAUCAGGUGGCUUGGAAUACUAAGAUCAGCAAGGAUUACUAUCCCGUGGACGACCCGAAGAGCAUCUCCAAUGAGUUAUUCUCAUCUAUUAUAGCUCAAACGGUAGUUGAUCAAUGCGAUGCAAUUGACGGUGUUAAGGAUGGUAUUAUUAGCGACCCCGAAAACUGUCAUCCGGACUUCGAAGUAUUAUCCUGCAAUAGCACCGCUGCUAAUUCAUCUGCGUGCCUCACGUCAUUACAACUAGAGACUUUAGCAAAGAUCUACGAGGACUACUACAUCGGGUCAGAGUUCGUGCACCCGGGUCUUGAGCUCUCUUCUGAACCAGGGUGGCCGCAAUACUUAUUUGCCGGUACGCCAACUUCCUGGGGUAUUGACUAUAUUAGAUAUAUCGUGUUUGAAGAUCUGAAUUGGCCUCUCGAUGAGUACAACUCAAGCGUUUAUGAGCGGUUGAAGAAUCUAGAAAUAUCGCACGAAAUUGAUGCGGAUCAAUUCGAUAUGUCUCCUUACCGAGAUCACGGCGGAAAAAUCCUGAUGUAUCAUGGAUUAUCUGACCCCUUGAUUGUUACGCGUGGCUCGUCGCACUUUUACGAACAGGUUGAACUAGCAACUGGAGAGGCUUACCCAAUUACUGACUGGUUCCGUCUUUUCUUCGUUCCGGGCAUGCUGCAUUGUUCAGACAGUCCACCCGGGGUUGAUGCACCGUGGCACAUCAAUGGCGCCGGUCAAAAUUGGCAAACUGGUUCGGGUGCAUACUCUGUCCCCGGGUUCCAAGACUCCAAACACGAUGCAUUGCUUGCGCUUAUGGAAUGGGUUGAGGGUGGAAAAGCGGUAGACCAGAUCAUUGCAACGGCGUGGCACGAUUCGACUGACCCGAGUUCUGGGGUAUGGAAACAGCGUCCUAUUUGUCCUCACCCGAAGACUGCCAAGUAUAAUGGCGUAGGCGAUGUCAAUAAAGCUCUAAAUUGGGACUGUGCGUAA